AUGCAUUUCAACGUAGAAUCAUGGAUAUGGUAUUCUUUCGCCAUGGGGAACAUUGUUGCGAGACUUAUCUCACGAACACUCCUUCUCGGAUCUCCGCUCCGUCUACAACACGACGAUUUUGUAAUGGGGCUCUUCAUCACAACCUGCUACACUGUCCUAAUUGUUACAUCCAACGUUGAGAUCAAGACUCGAUCCAAUCUCCUCCCUCCCGGUUUCGACAUUACAGCCUUAACAGCUGAAGAGAUAUCGGAUCGCCAACAUGGAAGCAAAGUCGUCAUCGUCGUGGAGCAGAUGCAGAUCGCUGUCAUAUGGGGCUGCAAGACCUGCCUCCUCAUCCUUUACUACCGUCUCACUGGUUCUGUCGCUGCAAAGUCGUUCCUCGCCCUCAAACUCUUAGCCGCAUAUGUAGCACUAGGUUUCGUCGUGAUGGAGGCUCUCUAUUUCGCAGCCUGGUGUCGCCCGUUCAGCUCCUACUGGGCCGUUCCAGCACCAACUCCUCAAUGCAAUGCCCUCACCAACCACCGCAUCACCAAUGCCGUCUUCAACAUCUCCUCCGACCUUAUCAUGCUCUCAAUCGCACUCAGCCUCUUCAUCCGCUCCAUGCUGCCAUUGAAACGCAAACUGAUCCUGUGCGGGAUUUUCAGCGUCGGCAUCUUUGCCAUCCUAGCCGCCGUGCUGAAUAAGUACUACUCGUUUACGAAUCCCUACGAACCCGACUGGGUCUUCUGGUACGUUAGGGAAGCUUCGACGGCGGUGUUGGUGGCGAAUCUGCCGUUUACGUGGACGCUGCUGAGGAGGAUGUUUGGGCUUGAGGCUUUUGAUGCUGGCCCGGUGCCGGCGCAGAUGAAGUACCAUUCUUCACGGACGUCUGGCGGAAGACGUACGGCACGAGCGCGGCAUGCUCAUCAGGGAGGUUCGUUGAAAGAGAUGCAUUCGAAUAGCCGAGGGAGUCGAGGUUCGCAACCAGCAUCCUAUCUUGAUUCUAUCGGCAGUCGACACCAAGGCAGGGAGACAAGUCACGCUCCAGACGCAAAUGUCCAACGGCAUGACUUUGUCCAUUUAUCUGCAGACAUCGACUUGGAGCAGGGACUAGCACCGUCGUUGCAGAGCCCCAGGUUACACAUUACGCACCAGUCACCAUCUCGUCCCACAACCCCCUUACCUCCAUCUCGAAUAUCAUUGCAACUCAGUCCAGACGGUACAGGCGGCUUCAUCACUCGUCCUCGUCACGCACAUCUCUCAGCUGAUUACCACCGGCCAGCGUCGAGGGCAUCGAGUAGAGCGACUACAUCUCGUCAACUUAUGUCGCCGACGCCUUCGCAUAUCGGCAGUGUGGUUAGUGAUAGAGGCUCGCAUGCUGAGCCGGGAUGUGGAGGUGCUGAUGGGGAAAGUGGUAAAGUUGCAGGAGCAAGAAGUGCGGUGGAUAGGAGGAAGAGGGGGAGGCUGAGUGCUUGA